UUGUACUUCUCUGAUAAGUAAAAUUAAUUUAUUAAUUUAAUUAAUUAACGAUAAAAAUGCCAUCUAUAAUAGUAACCGAUUACACUUGGCGGCAAACAGCCGAAGAAAUAAUAAUAUCAGUGCCAAUUAGAGGUAGUCCCAAAGAUGUUAAUGUUUUUGCGAUUGACAACUACGUAAAAAUGAGCUACCCGCCUUUUAUACUGGAGUUAUUUUUAUGGAAAAGUAUAAUUGAGGAAGAAAGCCAGUGUACUUUGUCAGAAUCACAGGCUGUACUGAUCCUAAAAAAGAGCGAGAUAGAUACAGACUGGCCGAGUCUUAUUGAAAAUAAUUUAAGUAAAGAACAAAAACGCGAGUAUCGAAAUCAAGCUCUGGAACAUGCUCGUUUGUCGGCUGAGAAACGUCAAAAUGAGAAAAAAACAAAGUAUCGAGAACUGGAUCGACAAGCGGUGAAGGAACAAAUAAAACUCGAGUCGAAGGUACACAAUAAAAUUCAAGAGGUUCGAGACUCUCAUAGAAGAGAAGCUAUGGAUGAGUUUGAAAAUUGGCGGAAAAAUGCAGAGAAACCAAUUCUUUGUAAUGAGAAAGCAGUACUACAAGAAAACAGGAAGUCUUACAAAGCCCCACUUAAGUGGUUCAAAAGCGAAUCUGAUGAUUCCCGGUCGACUGAAUCCCAAUCUCCGAAAGCAAUAGAAACUGUUGAUAACGAAACCGAAGAAGAAACUACUCCAGCUGCUGAAAAAAUAAAACCUUUUGGUGCUUUCCUGGGAUCCCCUCCAACUGAGAGGUCACCGAGUCCAGUAAUGCAAUCAGUCAUCCUUGAUACGUCGUACAGAGAGCGAGAAGCUGAUACUAAACGAGGAAAAGAAAUUAUUGAUAAACUUCUAUCUGGGAACUAUCGUAUUAGUAAUAAAAAAAACAUCUUUGACAAGACUGACGUAAGUAUUCCUGCUCCGAGGCAAUCUGGUAGGAUCACUGUAACAUUCUCGGAACGUGUGUUUCCAACUCCCGCUAGAGAAAGUUAUCACUUACAAGAAAAAGAAUGGCUUGAAAAACAAGCUGAAGCACGAAGAAAAUUUGGAUUUGCUUCUGAAGAUUUAAGACCUGAAGAACAAAACCCGCAGUGGCUUAAAGAUAAAGGAGAUGAAUUUUUCAAGGUCGGCAACUAUUUAGCAGCAAUAAGUGCAUACACUCAUGGUAUUAAACUAAGUGACAAGAUGGCAAGUCUUUAUGCAAAUAGAGCAGCAGCUCAAUACGCUUUGGCUAAUUAUCAAAGAUGUGCAGAAGAUUGCUCCAAGGCUUUAGAACUAAUGGAACCAAAGUGCGAAGGUAACCGUGAAUCACGAGCCCGGUGUCAUGCACGUUUUGGUGCGGCCCUCUGUAAAUUAUCGGCACCUCAGCACGGGAUUCCAGAAUUAGAGGCAGCCCUUAAAUUAUCUCCCGACAACGAUACUAUUAAACGUGAUUUAGAAGUGGCAAGAAAAUUCUUUGACCUCGCCAAUUAAGUACAAUAAUAACAUGCGAAAAACAUAUUAUAUAAUUUUUCUUUAAACUAUCACAAGUUAUAAAUAUAAAAACAUUUUACUUGAAAUGUUGAAUUAAUUAUAAUUUAAAAGUUAUAAUCGUCAAUU